AUGGUGUAUGCAGGUUACUGCUUGAACGAGAAGAAGACAUGCGUGAGAUGGGUGGAGAAAUACUUCAACGACUGUCUGUGUAACGUAAACGACGACGUUUCGUUCGCACUUGGAAUGGCUAGCCUCAUCUGUUGGGCCGUCGCGGAGAUUCCUCAGAUCAUUACUAACUUCCGUACGAAGUCCAGUCACGGUGUCUCUCUCUCCUUCCUCCUCGCUUGGGUGGCCGGCGAUAUCUUCAAUCUCACCGGUUGUCUUCUUGAACCAGCUACGUUGCCGACUCAGUUCUACACAGCCUUGCUUUACACAGUGAGCACUCUACUAUUGGUGAUUCAGACAAUUUACUACGACUAUAUUUACAGACUUUGCACACAUGGACGUACAAACAUCUGUCAAAAGGAGGAAGAAGAUGAAGAGAAGAGACCACUGAAACCACCGAAGACGAUGGGAUCUGCCAUUUCCAUCCCUGGAGAAUCUUACAAAGCUUCUCCAAAGAAAGAGUUCUAUUACACGUCAGCGAGAUCAUUGGCUGGAAGCGGCACUCCACCUCUAAGAACAUCUUAUUUUCGGGUGGCUAAGAGUGGCCCUUCGGCUAUGACAAUAGACAGUGGUUCUUCCUCGGAUGAAGACGAGACAAUGUCGACACUUCCUGUUGUAACGUCUAAGACCAUUACCCAACCAAGGCCAAUCCCAAGACAGGCAAGUUUUGGAACAUUCUUGGCUGCAUCGGUAAGCCUUCCGCUUCAAGCCAAGAGUCUAGUGGAAAAGUACACACAUGCUUCAAGCAGACGGCUUCUAAACGAAAGAAGAGUAGAACAUAGCGCUUUGGGACAAUGGCUGGGAUGGCUAAUGGCCGCCAUUUACAUGGGCGGUCGAAUCCCUCAGAUUUGGCUCAACAUCAAAAGAGGAAGCGUGGAGGGUUUAAAUCCACUAAUGUUCAUCUUCGCGUUAGUAGCUAAUGCAACAUACGUUGGCAGUAUUCUUGUCCGAACAACUGAAUGGGAAAACAUCAAACCAAAUCUCCCUUGGUUGCUUGACGCUAUUGUCUGCGUCGCACUCGAUCUAUUCAUCAUAUUGCAGUACAUCUACUACAAGUAUUGCAGGACGAAGAGUUUAAAAAGGGAAGAAGAAGAAGAGGAAGACGGUCAUGGAGACUAUGUGGAAGCAAGCAAAACUUUUGUUUCGUGA